AUGUCCGAUAAUCAAGCAAACGGAGAGGGACUACCAGCUGCCUCCUUAAGCAAUACAAUUACGUACCUACAGCUCCAUCAGCCUCCGAGUAUCGAGUCGGUUAGUAAAAGGGAUAAGAAGGCAGACGGCAAUGUUAGCAAGGCUGAUAAAAAGGAACUUAAAGCAGUUGUGAAGGCAGUUGACAAGGCAGUUAACAAGGCAGAUGACAAGGCAGAUGAUGAUAAGACAGAUGGAAAGACAGAUAGAAAGACAGGUGACGAGACAGAUGACGAGGAUUCACGUUCUAGAAAGAUGAUACCAUCGGAAAAGCUUUAUAUCAUCGAUGCUAUCAAUAAAGUGGAUAAGAAUGAACAGCAAAUCCAGGCCGCUAUAGAAAAGGCUCUGUCUUCCGAUAUUUUUCCCAGUUUCAGAGAAAUCUACGUAGCUGUCUACCCCGACAAGUUCCCCAAGGAUUAUAAGAAAGAAAAGGCUACUAAAAACUUAGCUUACUGA